CGGCUUGCUCUAGAAUCUACUCUCGUGAUUAGCACCGUAGACGACCCCAGCACAAGACCGGUGGACAUAUCAGACAAAAGUUUGAUGCUACAGUGAACUGCGGCCACGCGUGCUCUAGAGUCUACAGGUACUUCCUCGUCCCCGGGUCGUCCUCAUAUCGGAGCGUGAACGACGUUCCAUUCACGCCGAUUACCCUACGAGAAUAAUACACCCGGAUAUCUGCGCCAAUGUAUGCGCACGGUGCUCGUUUUCCGAUCAAGCAGCCCCCGCACAGCGCUGGACAAUCGCUGACCGGGCUACGCACAGCGAUUGACCCUGCCCACGUUCCUUCACCGGUAGAGGUGAUUGAAGCCGACAGAGCGGACGCGGAAGGCAAGGUGUACGAGACCUUACCGGGAACGUACGUGCCACUUUCGACGACAGACUACGUUGCGCUUGACCAAGGCAAUUCAUCCCCCAAGUUCAUACGCGUAUCAACAUGGAAUGUACCCAGCACCUCCCGCCUCCAGUCCGACUGCGCAAUCCCGCUCGUGAGCGCCGUACAACCGCUCGUCGAUCAGGAUCCUGGAGAAGAGCCAGUUCCGGUCGUUCAGACUGGCGAUGAAGGGCCGGCGCGAUGCGGAAGAUGCAGGGCGUAUGUGAACGCGUGGUGCAAGUUUGUGUCUGGCGGGUCGAAAUGGAAAUGUAAUCUGUGUGGCCACGAAACGGAGGUCUCUCCAUCGUACUUCUGUAACCUCGACCACAACCUCCUCCGCCUCGACCACCUCCAACGUCCAGAGCUCAAUAAGGGCACCGUCGACUUCGAUGUUACAUCGUCUCAGGCUUACUGGGCAACGGACCCCCCUCGGAAGAUUAACCCAGGUUACUUCUCCGUGGACGCGCCUGCCGAAGACCUCGAUCUUGUCGUCGGGCCUUCCGGAGGCAAAACGAGCGCAGCUCGGGAACCCAAGCCAAUGCGGUUCAUGUUCUUGCUCGACGCGUCUGUCGCGAGCGUGAAAAGCGGGUUCUUGUCGGCGGGUUGCGAGAUGAUCAAGGAAAUGCUCUAUGGCGCCCCCGCGCAAGCUCCCGAGCAGGCCGACGGGGCACCAUCAGUCGACGCCAAGAAAGACGCCGAACCGUGCUUUCCUAGUCGCGCGGAGAUAGCGAUCCUCACGUUUGACUCGGCGCUGCACUUCUACAACCUAUCAUCGACUUUGGACCAAGCAAGCAUGCUCGUUGUCCCGGACAUUGAAGAGGUAUUCGUCCCAUUGCGAGACGGGCUGUUCGUCGACCCUCAUGAGUCAAGGACGGCGAUCGAAAGCCUGUUGACAGCGAUACCCGCGCGGUUCGCAGACUUCCCUUCAAGCGAUUCCGCCCUUGGCGCCGCACUGCGAGCAAGCCAAGCAUCCCUCGCUGGACGCGGUGGCCAUGUUGUGAUCUUCCAAGCUACUUUGCCCACCGUUGGCCCAGGCACGCCUCGCCCCUCGCCCUCCUCGUCCUCCGCGAUCCCGGUGCGAACUACAGCCAUCGAAUCCGAGCUGUACGACACGGACAAGGAGAAGACGCUGUUCACCCCUAGGGACCCGUUUUGGGGCGCCGUCGGCGAGGAGUGUGCGGAGGAAGGCAUCGGGGUGAGCGCGUUCUUGGGUAUGAGCGAGUAUGGCGACGUCGCAUCGAUAGGUGCGGUCUCCUCUCUGUCGGGUGGCGAGCUCUUCUUCCACCCGCGAUUCGAUCCCAUUCGGGAUGGUCCUGCCAUGAAAUCACAGCUCCGUCGUCUGCUCACCCGGACGAUCGGGUACAACUGCAUGUUCCGUGCAAGAUGCUCAACGGGGCUCAGCGUGUCCGGAUAUUUGGGGAACUUCGACCGCGCAUCUGAAACCGAUAUCGCAUUUGGCACCAUAGACGCCGACAAGUCAUUCUGCAUCACUUUCGAGCAUUCAUCGUCACGAGUCAAGCUAGACCCUCGGGAACACGCAUACUUGCAGUGCGCGCUCCUGUACACGACCGUUCAGGGGGAGAGGAGAGUACGGACCAUUAAUGUAGCGCUGCAGGUCGCCGACCUCGCGGGCACGGUGUUCAGAUACGCCGACAUGGAAACGGUGGUGUGCUAUCUGGCGAAGGAUUGCAUAUCGCAGAUGACGUCGACCCGAAUGUCCAUCAUCCGGGAUGACCUCACCGAACGGUGUGCAACGUUGCUCCUUGGGUACCGGAGGAACUGCGCUGCGUCCACUGCCCCAACCCAGCUGAUCCUUCCGGAGGCAUUCAAGUCGCUUCCCGCUUAUGCCCUCGGCAUCAUCAAGAGCAAACCUCUCAAAGGCCGGAACGUAUCUUCCGACGUCCGUAAUUACCAUGCGCACAAGAUCAAAGGCAUGAGCGUCCGUACCACCAUGCAGCAUCUAUACCCUCGGAUGCUCGCUUUACACGACUUGGACGACACUAUCGCUUUACCGGACUCAGAUAACGGUCGGAUUGCCUUCCCGUCGCUGAUGCGUGCGACAUACAUGCACAUGGAAGCCAGCGGCAUUUAUCUCAUUGACAACGAGGAGAUCACGAUGAUAUGGAUCGGAGGUAGUGCAUCCCCCCAGCUACUCAACGACUUGUUCGGGACGUCCGAGUUGUAUGCCCUUGACCCACAUAUGACGAGCCUUCCUGAGCUACCAACUCGAAUAUCUAUGCAAGUACGCAACAUCCUUGCAGAGUGGAGAAUGCGGCGUGGCGGUCGAGAACCGAAGUUCUUCCUUGCCCGUCAAAAUAUCGAUGGCACCGAAGUGGAAUUCAGUGACAUGUUAGUUGAGGACCAGAACAACGCAGCGAUGUCAUACAUAGAUUGUCAGUUCAGUCUCUCCUUCCGGCAGUCCCUGACGUCUCAUAUAUGUUGCUCAGAUCUUCGAGUCGUACACAAGCAAAUAAAUAUCGGGCUAACCGGCGGCUCAUGGCCGGGACAGACGAACAUGCGAGGCACACCAUGGUGA